GGUGGGGCAAGAUCACUGGACCCGACAGAACCAAAUCCCUUAGGGAUUACCGAAGGGAGCAGGCUGUUGGGAGUGAACGGCUUAGGAAAAUGUAACUCAAAUCACUGCCUUUCUUGCAAUGUCCCUAGCUAGAUCUGUAACCGGUCGCCUUGAUGGGAGCAAGCUUACCAUUUCAUGGCAAAGACAACAUGUCACCGGAAAAGCCAUGGCCAGUUGCUGCCCCGCGAUACCCCCUGCCAUAGUAUACGCCCUUCUGUUCUAUCCACUUCCCUCCCCGUUCACAAUGAUCUCACACCUCGUCGUCUGGAUGUUGAGGUACAUCUCAUACCAUUGCAGCAGUUGGAAACAUUUUCGCCUACUAGAGAUGGACACGUUAAUGGACCGGAUCCAACGCUUCUGCACGCCCACCGUCUGGUUAUUACAGUUUGGAAAACUGGUUCACUAGCUACCAACUAGACACCAUCGCCUAUUGCCGGCGAUCUUAACCGAAGCUCAGUCCAUUACGAAGUGAACAUUUCGGCUCUUUACAGCCUGUUCCGGGUGCGUUGUGCUCAAUUUAUGAAUCUAACUAUUUCUUUUUCGCGUAGAAUCCGUUUCUU